GCGCGGUCCCCUCCACAUCUUCUUUCUUCACCCACUCGAUCUCACUUCUCCGCUUCCAUCCAAAAGGCUAAAGCUACCGAUGGAGAAAAAGAAAUCUGUGUAUAUAAAGGCAAUAAGAACAGCUAGGUAGCUAGCAUGCACAGCCUCAGAGAGAGAUAUGAUGGUGGUGAGGAUGAUGAUGAGGCCUGCUGUAGAAAUAGAGUACAGGUGUGGAAAGGCGAAGAAGGGAGAUUGUGUUGAAUGGGUUGAAAUGUAUUUCAAGGACUGCGUGUGCAAUUUCAGGGACUCGGUGUCGUUUGGAUGUGGGGUGAUGAGUCUGGUAUGCUGGGGAGUGGCCGAAAUUCCCCAGAUCAUCACCAACUUCAGAACAAAGUCCGGCCAUGGUGUCUCUCUCUUCUUCCUUCUCACUUGGGUUGUUGGUGAUGUUUUCAAUCUUGUGGGUUGCGUACUUGAACCAGCUACGCUGCCUACCCAGUUUUACACAGCAUUGCUCUACACUGUAACGACGGUAGUAUUGGUGGUGCAGUGCGUGUAUUACGACCACAUCCGUCAAUGGUGGAAGCGCCCAUCUAAUAUUAUUGAAGCAAACAAUAAUAUGGAGGAAGACGAUUCAGAUGCUGCAAAACUCAAACUGCUUGAUGAUCCAAGUGAACCCACGACCAGAGUUCCCCUUGAAAUGCCUAGGCAAAGAGAUUUCUAUUACACAUCAGCAAGAUCAUUGGCUGGGAGUGACACCCCACCAUUUCAAUACUCUUGUUUGAGAGUGGCUAGAAGUGGCCCUGCUGCUCUUCAGCUCAACAGGGACGACUCCGACGACGAAGAUGACCCAAGCCCACUUCCGCCUUCCUCCCCCACCAAGUCUAUCAUUAGUCAGCCUCCAAAAAUUCCACAUUCGGUGGGAUGCGGGGCCUUCCUUGCUACUUCUGCUAACCUAAUCCUUCAAGGCAAGAGCAUGAUGACAACCUCUUCGAAGCGAACACUAUUACAGCAUGAACAUGACUUCAACAGAAAUGCCUUAGGACAAUGGUUGGGAUGGUUAAUGGCAGUCAUAUAUGUGGGUGGACGCUUCCCUCAAAUAUGGUUAAAUGGCUUGAAUCCCCUUAUGUUCAUUUUUGCUCUAACGGCCAAUGUCACUUAUGUUGGCAGCAUUCUUGUGAGAAGCACUGAAUGGGAGAAAAUUGAAGCAAAUAUGCCUUGGUUGUUGGAUGCCAUAGUUUGUGUGGCACUUGAUUUCUUUAUAAUUUUUCAAUACAUCCACUACAAGUAUGUCAUGCAAAGGAGCAGGCAGCCGGGAGAAUUUUGUAGAAGCCAUGAGGAUGCAAACAAAGUUACUAUACUUUAGUGAUUGUUGUCACACAAAAUAUGCUAAACAUUUGAUAUCUUGUAUAUUACUUUACUAGUUUUUGUGCGGAGGAGUGUAUUAUUGCAUCAAAUGUUGAAGGAUUUUAUGUGAAUGGAUGGAUCAUCUCGAGUUUUAGAUUUAA